AUAAUAACAAGAUCACUGGAAAGUAAUUACAGUGCAGUGAACUUCCGGCGCUCGUUUUCAUGGUCGCAGGGAUUAUUUGUUUCUUCAGUCAGUAGUCUACAAUCUUUUGAUACAAGUAUACGAUUGUUAAUAAGGAUAAACUCGACCGUUAUCAAAGUUUUUUAAAAUUACUUUUGCAAUGCGGUUAAUAUUAUCAUUAAGCGCUACGGCGCUCUUGCUCGGCGUUGUACUAACGGCACCCGCAGGACCAAAUUUGGAUGGUUGGGAUGACACACCCAGCAGAAGUUCCGGAUCCGAAAAAAGCUCCAAAUCAUCCAUGAGUUCCGGUUCCCGCCCAAAAGCCGCCGCACCGUCCGCCUCCGACGACGAUGCCUACACCGGAAGCUACCAGCCGAAGCCGAAGAAGACCGUCAAAAAGACCGCAUAUACCGAUGAGGACACCUAUGAAGAACCGGCGGAGGAUUCCUACGGCAGCAAUUACAAUUCCAGUGGCUCCGGAUAUUCCAUGAAAAAGACCGCCAAGAAACCGUACCAAAAGAAGGCCACGACAUACGACGAUAGUUACGAUGAAGGUUAUGAUGAGUAUGAGACCACCAAGAAACCGAAGAAAGUUUACAAGAAGAAAGAGGAGACGUAUGAAGAAUAUGCUGAUGAUUAUGCCACCACCAAAGCCUACAAGAAGGCCUACAAAAAAGACAACCAGACGUACAGUACCUAUGAUGAUGAUUAUGAGGCCACUCCCAAACCAUAUAAAAAGCCCGCCAAAAAGAUGUACAAUGAUACAUAUGAAGAGGAGUAUGAGACCACAAGAAAGCCGUACAAAAAAGCGUACAAGAAGGUCAACAGCACUUACGACACUUACGACGAGGAUUACGAAACUACAAAGAAACCCUACAAAAAACCAGUGUAUAAAAAACCAAUGAACGACACUUACGAUACUUAUGAAGACGAAUACGAAACCACUAAGAAGCCUUACAAGAAAACAUACAAAAAAAAGGUCAACACGACAUACGAAGAACCCGAGGAGGAAUCGUACGACUAUGCAACGCCGAAGAAAACUUAUAAAAAACCCGCAAAAGCACCCGCCUACGAAGAAGAAGAAUAUGAACAACCACAGAAGCCUUACAAGAAAACAAAGAAAACUAGCUAUACACAGGAAACGGAAGAAUACGAUUCUGGAUACGCCAACAGCACUGCCUAUAAACCCGCAAAAUCGGAAAAGAUGAAGAAACCGGUAUCGUAUGAUGACCUGCCGGAAGAAGGUUAUGAGCCGACUUACGAGAAGAAACCUGCUGCCAAGCCCAAGAAAACGUACGCAAAACCGAAGGAAGAAACGUAUGACGAAGAAUACGAAGAUGACUAUGCGCCGACGUAUAAGACAACAAAGAAAUACGCGCCAAAGAAGAAAGUCUACGCACCCGCUGAAACUUACGAGGAACCGGCGGAAGAUGACUACCAGGAGACCAAACCGACUUAUGGCAAGAAAAAGAAGUCGACCUACGAAUACUAAUGCCGCGGUUAUGUAAUACUGGGCAGAUUUCUUAUCGAUCUAUGUAUGUGCGUGUGACGGUCAGAUAUCUCUGUUGUUAACUGGACAAUGGACAAACUGGAAAUGUUUGUAAAAAGUGGCGACAAGAGAACUGAGUAUAGAUAUGUAAACCAACUGUGCUUGGAAUAUUUGUACUCGUAUUACUUGUAAAAUAAAAUUUAGUGGUGA